AUGGCAGCGUUUUUGGAACUGCGUCGUAAUGCUGAUCAAAUUCUUGUUGAACUUGAAUAUUUGGCUAAAGAAGCUGAAUAUGUCCGAGAAUAUGAGAAUAGAUGUGCUGUAAUCGUUCAAUCAGCAUGGCGAGGUUGUUGUGUUCGAUCUCAUAUUAAAUAUUUAAAUCGCUGUGCUACUCUUGUUCAAACAUGUUGGCGAAUAUAUAAAGCUAAAGCAAUAUUUCGACGAAAACUUAAAGAACAUGUUAUUCAACUUCGAUUGAAAUAUUAUGAUGAUAAUGCAGUGAAAAUUCAAAAGAUAUGGCGUGGGUAUUAUGUGCGCAAAUAUGUACUUGACUAUUACAGUCGAAAACGUUAUCUUGCUGGUAUUGAACAGAAAAAUGAACAAAUUAGAACACAACUACGUGAUUAUCGAGAAUAUUUAGGUCAAAAACAACUUGAGCAGCAACGACAAGCAAAUAUUGCAAAGUUAGAAGAAGAAGCUAAGAAAACACAUUAUUUAGUUAGCACUAAAGUAGUACCUGGAAUAUACAACUCAAAAUAUUUAGAAGCACCAAAAGAAAUGGAAAUUAUAUUGAGAACUACGAAAUUCGAGCUACCAUCAAAAAAAGUGAAACCAACUAGAAAUCAGAAAGAUCAAGAUAUUGCAACAUUGACAAAAUUUUUACCACCACUGAAAUCAAAACCACAAGGUCCUUUUCGUACACCAGAAGACGUUCGCUAUCAACGUUAUCGUCCAUUAAAACCAUCUUUACGAUGUGAAACUGAUUUUUUUGCAACAGAAAAAAUGCGCGAAGAAUUGAAACUUCAAGAAUGGGUCGAUCGAAUUCACGAUGACACCUUUAAAUCUGGUGUCUGUCGUGAUAAACCUCAUCCACGUAUGCUAGUUGGAGAAGAGCCUUAUAUAGAACCAACUAAACUUGAACGAGCAGCAUUACGAGAACCAAAUAAAAAGCAAUGGGUCGAUGAAAAGGGUUUCCGAUCAUUGGUACAUGGGAUACCCGAGUUCGAUAAAUUUGAAACGACUUAUGUAGAGCCACAUUUUUAUUAUUCAACUUCAUAA